ACGGAACGUCACUUCCCGCAGCACUGGCGGAAGCGGCUUCCCAGCUCCUUGUGUUUCGGUGCAGGGGUUCCGGUGGUCGUCCAAGUGGCUAUCGUCUGGCCGUACCGGAGAGUCGCCAUGGCAGCGGUGGAUUCCGACGUGGAAGCACUGCCGCGUGGAGGUUUCCGCUGCCGCCUCUGCCACGUUACUACAGCCAACCGACCCAGCCUAGAUGCCCACUUGGGAGGCCGGAAGCACCGGCAUCUGGUAGAACUCCGAGCUACUAGAAAGGCCCAGGGACUUCGAAGUGUGUUUGUCAGUGGCUUUCCCAGGGAUGUGGAUUCUGCUAAGCUCUCUGAGUAUUUCCAGACAUUUGGCCCUGUGGCCAGUGUUGUCAUGGAUAAGGACAAGGCUGUGUUUGCCAUUGUGGAGAUGGGAGAUAUAAGUGCUCGGGAGGCUGUCUUGUCACAGUCCCAGCACAGUCUGGGAAGACAUCGCCUGCGUGUCCGACCGAGGGAGCAGAAGGAAUUCCAAAGCCGGGCCUCCAAGUCUCCCAAAGGAGUGGCCCCAGACAGUCAGCAGCUGGUCAAAGCACUGGCUGAGGCCCCAGAUGUGGCAGCACAAAUGGUAAAGCUCGUGGGACUCAGAGAGUUGUCUGAGGCUGAGCGGCAGCUUCGGAGCCUUGUUGUGGCCCUGAUGCAGGAGGUCUUCACAGAGUUCUUCCCUGGCUGUGUGGUCCAUCCUUUUGGCUCUUCCAUAAACAGCUUUGAUGUCCAUGGCUGUGAUCUUGACCUCUUCUUGGAUCUGGGUGAUAUGGAAGAGACCCAGCUAGCCCCAAAGGCUCCAGAGUCUCCAUCCCUGGACUCAGCCCUUGCUUCCCCCUUGGAUCCUCAAGCCCUGGCCUGCACCCCAGCUUCUCCUCUAGACUCACAACCUCCAGCUUCUCCCCAAGAUUCUGAGGCCCUGGACUUUGAAACCCCUUCUUCUCUGGCACCCCAGACUCCAGACUCUGCUUUGGCCUCUGAGACUGUUGCCUCACCCCAGUCCCUGCCUCCAGUCUCACCACUGCAGGAUGACAGGGGUCAGGGGGAGCUGGGGAAGGCUCUAGAAUUAGCAGAGGCCUCAAAGAGCGAGAAGACAGAGGGGACAGCAAUGCUGGAGCUGGUGGGAUCCAUCCUCCGGGGCUGUGUCCCUGGGGUGUACCGUGUCCAAACUGUGAGCUCUGCCCGGCGUCCUGUGGUCAAGUUUUGCCAUCGGCCCUCAGGUCUUCAUGGAGAUGUCUCCCUCAGUAACCGGCUGGCCUUACAUAACUCCCGUUUUCUGAAUCUCUGUUCCGAGCUGGAUGGUCGAGUCCGGCCCCUCGUGUAUACACUACGCUGCUGGGCUCAGGGUCGAGGGCUGUCAGGGAAUGGCCCCCUUCUCAAUAACUACGCCUUGACGUUGCUAGUGAUCUAUUUCCUUCAGACCAGGGACCCUCCUGUGCUGCCUACUGUGGCCCAGCUCACUCAGAAAGCAGCAGGUGAAGGGGAGCAGGUGGAAGUUGAUGGCUGGGACUGUAGUUUUCCAAAGGAUGCCUCAAGACUGGAGCCCAGCGCCAACGUAGAGACCCUCAGUUCCCUGCUGGCCCAGUUCUUCUCCUGUGUCUCUUGCUGGGAUCUUGGUGGCUCACUACUAUCUCUACGGGAGGGUCGGGCAUUGCCAGUGUCUUCGGGCCUGCCCUCUGAUCUCUGGGAAGGACUGCGCCUUGGCCCCAUGAAUCUCCAGGACCCUUUUGACCUGAGUCACAAUGUUGCAGCCAACGUGACCAGCCGAGUGGCUGGCCGUCUGCAGAACUGCUGCCGAGCAGCAGCCAAUUACUGCAGAAGCCUCCAGUACCAGCAACGUUCCAACCGGGGUCGCGACUGGGGACUGCUCCCACUAUUGCAGCCUAGCUCCCCUAGCUCCCUGCUGUCUGCAACACCCAUCCCUUUACCCCCGGCCCCCUUUCCACAGCUCAAUGCUGCUCUGGUCCGUGUGUUAAGGGAUGCACUGGGAUGCCAUAUAGAGCAGGGCACUAAGAGACCACGGUCAGAAGGUGCUGAGACUGAGGACUCUCCCCAAGGAGGGGCAGGCAAAAGACUAAAAGUAGAUGAGCAGAAAAAGAGCUGUGAGGGGGGGAAAGAGCAACAGGGAAGUUCGGGGGACCACAGUGAAGAUGGGGUGGAAGAAAUGGUUGUAGAGCUUGGAGACACACCUCAGGACUGUGCCAUGCUGAGCCCUGGGCAACCAGGGGAGCUGCCCCUGCCGACUACGAAGUGUCUAGGCAAAUUGGCUGAGCAGAAGCCCAUGGGACCAGAAGUGGCUGCAGAAGGGUCUCAGGGUGAGACAGGGAAGGGAGCAUCACACCUGUCCUCAAUGUGCUGGCGCUGCACCUUGUGGUGCCCCGUGUGGCAGGGGCGACGCCGAGCCCGGAGACGGUUACAGCAGCAAACCAAGGAAGGAGGUGGAGUAGGUCCCACCACUGCAUCGGAGUGGCUGGCGAUGGAGGCUCGGGUAACCCAGGAGCUGAGAGGACUGGACAGUGGUCAAGAGAAGCCAGAGACCGCACCCCUUCUGGCCUUUAUGGCAUCUGCCUCCCAAGCUGACCAAACUCUCACCGUGGCCCCACUUGAGGAUUCCCAAGGCCUCUUCCCUGAUCUUCAUCACUUUUUACAGGUUUUCCUCCCCCAAGCACUUCGAAAUCUCCUCAAAUGAGAUGGACCCCAAAAAGCAAUAAAGCUGCUAGUUUAAUACA